AUGAACCGCAAAUCCCACGCUCUGGGGCUUUAUAAGAACGGCAAGCGUAUUGCAAGCGGCGGAUUUGGGUUCGUGCACAGCGGAAAGACUCCAGACGGUAAAAAGGUCGCUAUAAAAUAUGAGCGCACGAAUAACAGGAUCACCCGUCCCUACCUCGAACAUGAGGCCAACGUAUACCGUCUCCUCGAAGGCCACCCGUGCGUACCAAAAGUCUAUGCAUACGGUCGCGAAGCACCCUGGAACAUCAUGGUCUUUGAUUUGCUCGGCACGAGCCUUGAAACACUCUUUGAGAAGUGUAAAAGCAAGUUCUCGUUCAAGACGACGUUCAUGCUUGCUCCCCAGAUAAUAGACUGUAUCCAAUACUGCCAUAGCAAAGGCAUCAUUCACAGAGAUAUAAAACCAGACAACUUCCUAAUGGGUAGAGAUGACCGUGCCAAUUUCGUGCAUAUCAUCGAUUUUGGACUGGCAAGACGCUACAAGAACCCUAAAUCAGGCCAGCACUUCCCAUAUUUCGAAGGCCAUAACUUUUUCGGGACCACUCGAUAUGCAAGCUUGAAGGCUCUUGAAGGAUGCUCGCAGUCACGCAGGGACGACCUUGAAUCGGCCGCAUAUUCAUUGAUUUACUACAUGCGUGGAAGACUACCUUGGCAAGGCCUUCGUGGCGGGACUGACAAGCACAGGGACCAGCGUGUCAGAGAGAAGAAGCGAACGUGGACUCCAGAACGUCUCUGCGAAGGUCUACCCGAAGAACUCGCUAAAAUGCUUGCGUAUAUCAAGACCCUCGAAUAUGAAGACGAACCCGAUUACGAAUAUUUGAAGAAACUCUUCACAGACCGCUUCAAGAAGGAGGGGUUCGAACUCGACUACGAUUACGACUGG